AUGCCUAACCAACCACCGGCACCGGCCGCAUCAUCGGGGUCGUUAAAAGACUGGUGCCGCCUCCUCUUCGUGCUAUUAUCGUUCCUCGCACUUCUUCCGCUGAUAGGGGUGCUCUCCAUCAUCCUGGUGGGGCCCUUGAAGCCAAAGUUUGAUCUCCAGUCAGGUGAGGUUCAGUACCUCAACAUUGCCGCCGACAACAUUACCGGAACCGCCGCCGCCUCCAUCACCCUCACAAUUCGCCUUGUCUUCAUAGCCGAUAACCCAAACAAGAUGGAGAUGAAGUACGGCGAGUCCAGGUUCGCCGUCCUAUACAAUGAUAUCCUACUUGGAAAUGCCUCCAUUCCAGGGUAA